AUGGUGAAACGUUUAGAGAAACGAAACUUCACGACCGAAGAAGCCAGGGAUCUGUGUUAUCGGCGUGCAAGUGACAAGUCUGAUGAUGAUGUAUCAGAUGAAGACAGCGACCAGUCGUUUGACUCCGGGGCAGAGGCCAUGUUUCAGGAAGGACGAGACAUUACUCUUGACAAGCAAUCAUCUGAUUCAGAUACAGCUUGGGAGCCGGUUACAUCGUGUCCAGCCAGCAAGCGGCCACGUAGAGUGGAGCAGCCGGACAGUUCCUCAGGAGAGGAGUCCAAUCCCCCAACUCCUCAGAGAGGUUCUGCCAGCAGGAGAAGACCACGAGGCAGAGGAGGCAGAGGAGGGAGAGGUAGGGCGAGAGGGAGAAGCGGCAGCAGCCGAAGUCAAGCCGGUGUGUCAGCCAUCCCAUCUGGAGAGAGAUGGAAUGAUGUUGAUGAUGCAGAUGUGACACCACCACAGCCCACCUUCAGACCCACACGUACACCAGGACCCCAGCUCAUCUCUACAGCGACGUACACAGUCCUGCAGCUUUUUCAACUGUAUUUUACCAACACGAUUUUAAUGACAGUCCUUGAUAACACAAAUGACUUUGGCUCGAAGAACUACUCCACACCCACCAAACCAUGGAUUGCUUUGACAACACACGACAUGUAUUCAUUCAUGUCCAUGGUUAUUUACAUGGGUAUUGUAAAAUGCUGUGGACUUAACGACUAUUGGCGACAGAGCCAACUGUACAAUUUGCCACUCCCAAGACAUGUAAUGAGUGGUAGGAAGUUCCUCAGAAUCUCCCGGGCACUUCACCUCAGUAGCUUGCUGGCGGAUGCUGCUAACGAGAAGAACAGAGGCACAGCAGACAUCGACCGACUCUGCAAAAUCAAACCGAUCUACGAGGACAUAAGAAACGCCUGCAAAAGGAAUUAUCACCCGAGCCAAGAUAUUUCCAUCGAUGAGCGCAUGGUUGCCUCCAAAGCCCGCAUUGGACUGAAACAGUACAUGAGGAACAAACCUGUUCGCUGGGGUUACAAACUCUUCGUUCUGGCGGACUCCAGGAACGGUUAUACAUGGGACUUUUUUGUCUAUCAGGGGAAGUUACAGGGAGUUACUGGCAAGGGGCUGAGUUACGAUUCUGUUAUGAAGCUCAUUGACACACCAUUGCUGGGAUCGGGCUACAAGCUCUUUGUGGACAAUUUUUAUACAAGUCCCAUCCUUUUCCGCGACCUCCUUCAGAAGAGGAUUUGGGCGUGUGGAACCAUCCGCACAAACAGAAUUGGUUUCCCAAAAAGCAAAGUCAACGCUCUGGUCUCGAAGUCUCCCCGUGGCAGUAUCCGUUGGAUCAGGAAGGACUCCCUCCUCUUUGUCCAGUGGCGUGACACGAGGGACGUCUCCAUGUGCUCAACACUCCACACGGCACAUGCAGAGGAGACAGUGCAGAGGAGAGUCAAAGGUGCAGAUGGGCAGUGGUCAUUGAAGAACAUCCCGGUUCCACCAGCAGUGAAGGAAUACAACAGGUGUAUGGGUGGAGUGGACCUCUCUGACGCCCUGAUAGGGUAUUACAAAGUCCUCCACAAGACGAUGAGGUGGUACAAGACGUUCUUCUAUCACUUCAUGGACAUCGGGAUAGUGAAUGCCUUUCUCCUCCAAAAAGACCUUGCACGAGGUAGAGGAAAGUUACCUAUGGCCCAGAAGACUUUCAGAGAGACCCUCAUCAUGGAGCUGGCAGAGGCGGGAUCUCCCACCACAGCCAGAACCGUACCACCUCCUGCUCCAGUCACAACACACCACAGGAUGGUUUAUAUCUCUGGGCACAGCACCAAUGGUCGGCUGAAGUGCAGGCUGUGCCAUGCAAAGACACCAACGAAGUGCCCCGCCUGCGAUAUGUCUCUGUGUUUUUUACCCAGUCGCGACUGCUACAAUGCCUGGCAUGUUGCCAAAAACCUGUGA